GUCGUAUAUGGCGACGAGCCCUCACAGGCUCCUUCUAACCGCAUCCACGAGCUGGGCGGUCAGUCUGACGACAUCAACUACCAAUUUGGCGGCAGUUACGUCUGGCUCGUUCCAGAUUACACUAACGAGCGUGAAAACGGCGCCAUCGGCUUCGAUCUUGUCAUCCAGGGGUCCGAGGAUCCGUCCUUGAAGGAUCUCGCCAAGGGUGCGGGCGGCGACUAUCGCUACCUCAUCGUAAACACGGAUAUCUCGCAGGAGAGAAAGAUCACCGCGUUAGCCCUGCUCCGCUCGGAAUCAUCUGUCGAUAUGCCGCCUCUUGGCUGGGACGAAGCCACGAUCGAUAUCAACAAAGGACGCGGCAAGAUGUACCUGUACCUUGUCUGGAAGCUCAGUACCUAG